ACUGUCAAAUUGUCAAUGUCAAACUCAAUUCUUGAAAAGUGAAAACACAUCAAGUCAAAAAUAAAAUAAUUAAAAAAUGGGUUAAAAAAUACAGAUUUAUUAAAUUUAUGAAUUCUAUCUUGAUGUAAAAGUCUACAAUUAGUUUUCUUUUCUUUAAGUGUAUACAACUUACUAUAAGCAAUGGAGGAAGAUAAAUUCGCAUUGGUGGAGAAAAUAAUAAAAGAUGUACACAAUGUUUUAUCGAAAAUCGCUGAGUUAUAUGCGUUUGAUGUGGUUCCAAUGGAUAAUAAUUUUCAGAACAAAUCGCCAGUAUUGCAUAUGGAAAAUUGUUUAGGCCUAGAGUCAUGGUGUGUUAAACAUGUUUACAUGUAUUGUUACACGGAGCUUAUGGACAAAUAUUGUAUGAAACCCAAUCGCAAGUCAAGAAAACUUGCCUUUGGCUGUGAGAGACUAAUCAAGUUACUGAAUGUGACUCUUCUUCUAAAGCCAGAAAACAAUUCACUAUGGAAUAAAAGACGUGAAUUGGUCCUUCAGGCAUUAUUGGAUAAGACUGUUGAGUUGCAUUUUUCGAGGUUGGUUUUAUCUAGAAAACCAAAAUGUAAUGAAGCAUAUGCUUAUAGAAGAUGGGUUUUAGAUUCAAUAUUACAAGAUGACACUCUGCCAGUGCACAAUAUUGAAAGCUUAGUAAAUGAUGAAAUUGUCAUUUGUAAUCUUGCUUCUGAUAAGUGCCCUAACAACUAUCACAGUUGGAAUCACCGAACAUGGCUUCUAAACAGACUUACACGAGUUAAAUCAAAUUUUGAUAUAGACUCACUCUUUAUAAAAGAAUAUCACUUCUCAGAAAAGUGGACAUCCAAACACGUAUCAGACUUUAGUUGUUUCCACUACUAUCAGUUUUGUUUAAAAAAUAUUUAUAGUUUGAGUGAUGAAUCUUGGAAAAUCCUUCAAAGUUCUCUAAACAUUAAUUUACGGAAAGUGCUUGUUAAGUUAUUAGCGACAAAUUUUCCAAAGGAUCUAACAAUCCAGGCGUCAGAGGAAAAUUUGCUCAGUUACUCAGAGGAAAACCUGAUGAAACUGUUACUUGCUUAUGCUAAUAAGAAUUGUAAAUGUGUUGUAGAUUAUGUACAGUUGUGUAGGAAAGUAGAAAUAUUGUUUCAUUCUUUAGUGCUGAAUGAUGAGUUGAUAAGAUUUUACAAACACCAUGAAACUUUGUGGUAUCACAGGAGAUUUAUAUUGCAUGAAAUGCUUAUGGUAAUGUAUGACCAUUUUGGACUUGUUAGAUGUAAAGGUGCCCUUGUAAAGAAAAGUUGUAAGGUUUGCUAUUUUGAAGAGUUGCGGCAAAAGCAGCCAAAGAUAGUGAGAUAUGACAGUAACCACAUUUAUUCUAGUGUGUUUUUCAAUGUAAUAUUAACACAUGAGAAGAAAAUUAUAGAUGAGAGACGGACAGAUGGUGACAAUUUUGCAGACAGACAUGAAAAAUAUUUGAAAUUUGUAGAAGCUCUCAAUAGUGUUAUAUAAGAAUUUUAAAAAAUAACUUUUAUACAGAUGUAAUUUAAUACUUUCAUAUUAAAGUAAAUAAUUAAUGUAAUCUUAGUUUUCUAUGAUCAAACAUGUAGUGUAGAUAUAAAAAUCACAAAGGAAAUGUAACAAGCAAAUGUAGGGGCAUGUUAAAUGUCUUUAGAGAUGUUCGCACCCUAGCAGUGGCGUAGCUUGCCUUGGAGGGGCCCUGUAUCAAAGUUAGUUGGGAGGCCCAAUAGACAAAUGGCAAAUUCAGAAAAAAAGAAUGGCAAAUAAGGAAAAAUUGUAUGUUUUUUUUUCUCCGGGAAGCAGAAAAUCAAGUAAGAUUGUAUGUUAAAAUUUACUAAUUUUUGCUUUAACACUUACGGGGCCUCAUCAUCCCGGGGGCCCCGUAUUAUUGAUACUGAUACAGCGGUAGCUACGCCCCUGCACUUUAGCCAAGCGCUAGUGCUCAACAGGCAAAGCUAAGGCCAAAAUCCUCUGAGACACUACAGUGGUCAUAUUAUAAAGCCUGUAGGAAUUCACAACUAUAAAAAUGUUAAUAGUUGUUGAAAUAAGUUUCAGUUUAUGAGGAUGAAGAAACCAAAGUGGAAAGCAUUAAGUUCAUUAACAUUAAUUGUAAUGUGUAAACUAUCAUUCAAACUGAGGGUAGUAAUAUAAAAUGUGCCACACUGAUCAACUAUGUCCACCAGUCAAAUAGUCACAUAAUGAGUUUCCUAUUUGGUUUCUGUUCUAAGAAGCUUCUGUUGAACUGAUCACAGUGCUAGCGCAUUAUAGAUUUAUAGAUAUCUAUACAUAAACUAGAUCAGUCUGAUCUCACUUGACCAACUAACUCCAUAGGCCCCAACAUCCUAAACUGAUUCCGAGUCUAACAGUCCUCCACUCUUAUCUCCGCCAUUCUUUGAGCCAAACGGCAUUAUGGCAGAUUUUUUGGUCAUUUUAGUUGCUUGGCCAAAUGCCCUUAGUCACCCUGCUGCUUUUUGCACAUAUCAUCAGAUGAAAUAGUAGUCAAGCGCUAAUUUGUGGUAGCAUAAUAAACAAAUUGAAUAUAUGUAUAUUAUUGUUAUUUUUCACAUUGUAUUUGUUAUUAAAGUGACAUUAUUAGUAUAAAGUAAAUGUAUAAAAACAUACUUUGAUAAGAUUACUUAUAUAUUUUAAAUUUAAUUUCAAGUGUUUUAAUUUUUAACUUUGUAAAAAAGACAUGUAAAGACAAUUAGAUGUGUAAGUAGAAACACAAUAAGGCAUUGGGUGUUUUAUGUAAAAAAAAUAAACACAGUUUCUACGCAAAAGGAGGUUAUUUAAUAAGAGUGUGUGAGUGUGUGUGUGUAAAUUGGUGCCAAAUAGUUGUGCUUGUGUGUAUGGUACACACACAGUGAAUAUACUCAGAUACUGUCACAAACUUAUCUGGCCCGUUGAGGUUGUUGUUGUGCUUUUAGUAUAAUGUUGUGCAAAAUGGCGACUGCCGCGACGUUAGACACGAAACAAGUCCCAUAGACGCGGCGCUAAUGUCUUAAUGGCGCUCAUUGUCAUUUGGUAAUGGCGGUCUUAUUGUCAUUUGUGUAAGGCGCUGUCAAUUUUAGUUCAGGUUUUAGCCGCAGGAUUUCUAUCGUGGCGUGGAGUCUAGUUCCGAUUUUGGCCACCGGGUUAGAAAAGUUUGUGUGUCUAAAGUGUGUCUUGAAAUCAAAUAAUAUCGAAUAUGAGAAAGGCAGAAUUAAAAUAAAGGUUCUACUCGUAUCCAGCAGCGCGACACGAAAAGAGGGCCGUUUUGACGAUUUUCGUGAGGUUGUCUCGAUAAUCCACGGAUACUUUAAAAGAAAAACAAUUUCAGUAACUAGGUAGGUCUAAACCCUGGCAAGUAAGGUGAUCCAUAAUGCCCGGUACACUAAAGCUGACAAUUACAAUCCCCUUUGUUAUACUACCAAACUAUAUUUGAACGUGAGAUAGAACAAAAUCGUCAAUAAUUAUAACCAAUAACGUACUACUUAUACUCUCGAAUAAAUCAUCGAUAAUUUUUGUAGUUCGAGUAGUUUUUUUAAACGGAACUUUUACAACUAUCUUGUCGCAAUUGUAAAUUUCACUUUAUUUUUGUGGUUAUUGGUGAAAAUAAUAUUGCAUUUAUGAUAUAAUUAGUUGUAGAUUGAUUGAUGCUAGAAUUUAGAACUCCCAGAGUUUAUAAUGAAAUGACAAUUUUUAUAUUUUCAAAUAAAAAUUAUGUUAUGCAAUGCAAAUAAUACAUUAAAAUACAAUGAAAUUGCAGAGUUACUUUAAGUAAGUUAUAAACGAUAUAUCUAAAAAAUAUUUAUUAAUUAUGAAUUUAUUUUAUCAGAGACACAAUGUUUAUUUUAAUUUUUUAAAAUACAUAUAAAAAGAAGUAUU